AUGAGAUGUUAUUUAGGCCUCGCCGUCGUGCUGGCAGGGCGCAUUUCGCUUCCUCCUUCCUCGGCGGCCUGCUUCAGCUCGAUUCCGAACGCUCGGCGCAUCUCCGAGCCCAGGUGGUGUCGUCUUCCUUCUCAAGGUCCAGCGGGUCAGGGUCACCUGAGCUUGGCCCGAGACCAGACACCGGCCCCGCGGCCGCCGCCCGUGUCCGGCAUGGAAUGUUCGGAGUGGCGUCCGUCGACGACCCAGCGAGAGCGACACUGCCCAGUGUGCCUGCAGGCGGCCAUCUUCCCCGUUCAGACCAACUGCGGGCAUUUAUUCUGCGCUCCAUGUUUGAUUGCCUACUGGAGGCACGGGACGUGGUUGAAUGCGGUCAGUUGUCCUCUCUGUAGACAGAAGGUGAGCGUCAUGUUCCAGCUGUUUAAGGAGAGCAGACCAGACCAGCAGUCCAAGGACGUUGCGGGCCAAAUAAGCGACUACAACAAGCGCUAUUCGGGAGCGCCCAGGCGGAUCUGCGACUACCUGUUCGACGCGCCUCUUCUCCUGCAGCUGACCGCCCGCAGCUUGGGGACCCUCGGUGGCCUGCUGUGGCUCUUCUUCUUGCGGGUGGCGCUGUGCUGCGUGGGCGCCGCCGUCUCCAUGGCCACCCCCUCACCGUCCGAUUCCCCAAAAGCCGCCCCGUCCCUCUGCAGCCUCUUGGGGCUGCUGGACGACCUGGUGGUGGUGGUCCUGCUCCUCCUGUGCGUCCUGAACGUCAGUCAUCAGAUGGCGCCAGGGAGAGUGGGCAGCUAGAAGACCACCCACGUUCAAGGGUUUACACAGUCUUUUUCAAUUUAUGUACAAUCAUUAAUUGGCCUU